AUGAUUCAAGACGCAAGGCCGAGAAAUACAGUGGCCGUAUAUGAGCCGAAGCAGAAGGAGUUCAGGGACUUCUGUGAGCGCAAGCAGUAUCAGGAUGCAGAUACCGUUACAGAAGACAAGCUCCUCCUCUUCCUUGUUGAGGAGGUCGCGGACCGGCCGCUCAGGGCCAGGAGCCGCAAGGCGGCUGAGGAUACUCUGCAGGAGGCUACGCGGCUUGCCUGGCGAUCAGUCCGCAGCUAUACGACUGUAUUUGAACACCCAGUCCAAACCCCAGAACUUUCCAAGGCAAAUCUUAGGACUCACAACCAACUUCGUGCUAUUCAUGGGGAUCCGAGAUCCGAAAAGAUGCAGAAGAAAAAGGGCCUGCUCGCCGAGAUCGGUGCGGCCGGUGAGGCUCUCUGCAGCGACAACCAUCUCACCACCGUGGCCUUGCCACUGUAUCAAUUGGAUGCCCGCGAUCCGAAGCAUGAACCUAAUCUGAGCUAG